CUUUUACGCUCUGGAAUUAAUCUGAAAUAGCUGCAGCUCUCUGAGGAGAUGCUCGCUGCAUUGUAAACCGCUGGCAUUCGAUUAGUAACAGAUUUUUUUUGUUGUUGCUGUUCUCAUCAUUGCUGUACUCACGCAUCUCCUGUAUUUCUGGCUGGUCUGUGAUUUUUCUGCAUUCCCAUGGAUUGUGGUGCAGAUUUUUGCUGUUGAUUAUUAGGCCUGGUUUCAUAGGAUCCCCGAGAGGAUGUGCGUUUUUCGUUCGCUCGCUCGCUUGCUCGAUCCGAACAUUUGACUGCUCAGUCUCUGCUUCUAAGACCUUAUCCCUGAGUCUUUUUUUUUUUCUUUGCUCUGUAGCUGUUUUGACGGAACUGGACGCAUUUCCCUCAGAAGGGAUGUAUUUGUAUGUCAGUAUCUUUAAUCCUAAUUGCCUCUGUGUGUAUCUGCAUUGGAAAUGCACUCGGAGCAUUAGCUGGGGUACAGGGAAAGAUGAAAAAAUGAGCGAGUGAGGGUACAAGGGAAAAUAACCUGGAGGAGAUGGAAGAGGAAAUCCAUGCAAAGAAACGCAGAGGGAGGCGACGUGUCCUCAAGGAUCCUGGCAAGGAAGACGGAGAGAAAGUAAAAAAGAGGCGUGGUCGACCCCCAGCAGAAAAGCUUUCCCCAAACCCACCAAAGCUCACCAAGCAGAUGAAUGCCAUCGUGGACACCGUCAUCAGCUACAAGGAUGGGUCUGGCCGACAGCUUAGCAAAGCUUUCAUCCAACUGCAGUCCAGGAAGGAGCUUCCAGAGUACUAUGAGUUGAUCAGGAAGCCUGUGGACUUCAGGAAGAUUAAGGAACGUGUUCGUAACCACAAGUACAGGAGUGUAGAGGAUCUGGAGAAGGACGUUCUGCUGCUGUGUCACAAUGCUCAGACCUUCCAUCUGGAGGGAUCCCAGAUCUAUGAAGACUCCAUUGUGCUCCAGUCAGUGUUCGAGAGCGCUCGGCAGAAGAUUGCUGAAAAGGAACAGAGGGAAGAGGAGAGUGCUGGUGACACUGAUGAAAUUGAGUCAGAAUCAGAGUCAAAAGCUAAAGUCAAGCUUGGCAAAUUGGAUGAGUCCUGGAAUGAUGUGGAAAAGAAAAGUCCGAGCCGGGGCAUAGCCAAGCCCACUCUUAGUGAGGAUGACAGUGAUGAAGACCGUGACAGUCAUGUCCAGUGUAAAAUCCCGAGAGUACGAGGAGUUAAGAAGAGAGCGGAGGAUCACAGCUGAUGCACACCCUUUUAAAAUAUUGUGUUAAAUCCACUGUAUUGAUUCUUUCUUUAAGAAGGUUUGCUUUCAAGCCCCAUCCCACACUAGCUUUAUCACCAGUAACGUACAGCAGAUUCAUGGUAGACACAGCUCAGUCUGAACACCCAACCAUCCUGCCACCCUGGGAGCUAAAUUGAGAACCCCUUUUCAUGCAGAAUUCUGUGCACCUUGUCCUAUUCUCCCCAAGCUGCUGCCUCCAAAAUUGUUUAAAGCAAGUGGCUGUUGAGUAGUGGAAUGUCAACAGAGUGUUCAGAAUGGAACUACUGACAGGUUGUAGCAGAAAUCAGAUAUCAUGGGAGUGUGUCUCAAAAUUUGAUGAGGAAAAAGCUGCCUGUUUUUGUCUAUUCUUCGGUAUCUAGCUUUGUAGCUAUAUGUGUUACUUCAUUAAAAUCUUUUUUCUUUGUUAUUUGGAGUGGAAAUGAAAUGUUACACAAAAUACACAUAGCCUGUACAAAAGCAUUCUACAGUGGGGGUUAAGAGGAGUUUUCCUAGGCUUAGAAGCCUCAGGUUCUAAGAGGCAGUAACAUUCUAGAAUUCCUUUGUGUCAGCAGCAAUUUCUCUUGCAUAAAUAGAACAGACACUGGGUCAUGGAUGCAGUGUCUGGUACAAAGAGACAAACCUUUACCAAGCUGCAAAUGCCAUGUCUGAGGGAAGAGUUAAACGGUAUGCUCUGUAAAUAUUAUCUGGGGCGACAUAGCUCAGGAGGUGAGAGCGGUUGUCUGGCAGUCGGAGGGUUGUCGGUUCGAUCCCCCACCCUGGGCGUGUCGAAGUGUCCCUGAGCAAGACACCUACCCCCCAAUUGCUCCC